CUCCUGCAAAGCAGACCAGAAUGGACGCGAAGAGUAAAGAACGUGGCAUCUUAAAACUGGAUCCCCGACCGAGGGUCAUCAUCGACAUCACAAAAUCGGAACUCACUCCUCAGCCCUCCUGCGACCAUCCACCGUCAUCUCCGCAGCCGUCGGUGGACCGGUUGUCGGUCACGUGGGCUGACCCUGGAAGCAUGUCCUCUUCAGGAGUGAACCUGUUCCACCUCCCUUCUGAGACUCCGGUCAGCAAUGAAGUCAAGUUUUCACCUACUACUGGAGAUGGCUCCGAAGACGAAGAUUACUCAGCGAGUCUAAGUGCGGUGCUCCGCCAGCGACGGGCAAGUGUACGAAGAUCUCGGAAGGGCAGAGCCAGACGCCCGUCUUCUCCAUUCCUUGCAGAUGAGAAUAGACCUAGGAGAAGGUCUUCUGUGUUUACUACAAGUUCUGGGGAUACAGCAAUAUCAAUGGAUGACGGCCAGCUAGCAGUGGUGACGCAGGAGCAAAUAUUCGAGAACAUUCAUCUUCACAAAGAAGUGCUGGGCUCCGUGAAGCAACAACCGCUCGGGAUGAGGAGGAAACUGAAGAUUGUUCAUCAGGCUAAAGCAUACAUCAAACGUCACGAAGGACAACUGCAAGAGAGACUGGCACAGUCGAAGAGCACUCGAGAUAUUUACGCAAGAUUCAACAUUUUAUUGAAUUCUGCAGCCAACACUUCAAACCUGCUGAUUCCAUGGGAGUUGAGGAUCAAGGAGAUCGAAUCUCACUUCGGAUCCGUGGUCGCGUCCUACUUCACCUUCCUUCGCUGGCUGUUCUGGGUGAACCUAGUCAUUGGUUUCAUACUACUCGUCUUUGUUAUUGUGCCUGAGUAUUUAACAGCGAAUCCACAACAAGACGGUGAAAGAAAAAUUAUUAUGGACGAAGAGAAGCGUAACGCGUCAAAUCUUUUGACUUUAUGGGAAUUCGAGGGAGUUCUGAAGUGCUCACCGAUCUUCUAUGGGUAUUAUAGCAAUGUAGAGAGAGCUCAGUAUCGCAUGCCACUUGCAUACUUCUUGACAGGACUUGCCGUGUACAUUUAUAGCUUCGUCGCCAUACUGAGGAAUUGGCGCAUAAUAUCACUCCGUGCUCUGGUUAACAUAUGUGUUGUUAUACUGCUAGCAGUGUCAGCAUAUGCCGUGGUAACAGUCGUGUCUCGCUCUGAUGACAACUUAAAAGUAAGAAGUUGGUGGCGCGAGAAUGAGACAACUAUAGUUGUCACAGUCAUCUCUAUAACAUUUCCUGUAUUCUUUGAAUUACUUGGAUUUUUAGAACACUACCACCCAAGGAAGCAACUGAGGCUGCAAUUAGCAAGGAUCAUGUUAUUGAAUCUUCUCAAUUUAUACUCUCUCAUAUUUGCCUUAUUCAGUAAAAUUGAGGGAAUGAGCAAAGAUCUGGAUUUAUUAAAACCAACAUUAAGUUUAAAUGCGACACCAAUGCCAAAUGAAGCUCUAAAUCUAAGUGAAUCUUAUACAACAACAUUGCCAGAUUUUUGUGUCGAACAAAAGGUCUCUUGUGGGCCUUGUGAUAUACAAAUAACUUUACCAGUGAAGCUAUCAGACGGAAUCGUACUAAAAACAGGCUCCGCAUCUUUUCCAAAGAAAAUCGCCCCUAAAAUACUUUUAAGACGUCCACGCGAUGAAGAAUUUGAUACAACGAGCAGUGGCAUGGAAAAUAACAUUGGAGGCAGUGAAAGUACCACAUUAGAUAGUAUUUCUCUGGGAAUUAAAGAAUUGGAACGGUUACGAAAUAUACGAAUUCAACAACCAAUAGAAGUAAUAAAUGUAAAUGACACUACAUCAGACCCAGACGAUUAUGAGUAUACCUUUUAUGACACUGAAAGUACGACAGGAGCAGAAACUGACACUGAUAUACAAGACUAUACUAAUUUUAUCUAUUCGAGUACAGUGACGGAUUUCAGUUCGUUAGAUUACACGACCACAGUUGAUAAUUAUAGUACUGACACUUCAACAGUUACAGAGCCUUCAGAAAUGCCCUCUUCUGUAAUUGAUAAUAUUAAUACAGAUACGACUUUGAAUACUGAAACUACAUUCGCUGAUACAGAAUUCUAUUCAACUUUGAGUUUACUCGAUACAACAACAGAAAUGUUUGACUUGACUACUGACAGAAUAGUUCAUACAUCUACAAAUGACAUGGUAGACACUACUACUUAUUCUAUAGAUACUACGACAAGUUCAGACGUAACAGAAAGCACAUUAAAAUAUUCUAUUGGCAGCGAUAUUAUAGAAACUUCUAGUGCAUAUUCACCGCAGCAACAAUCUACAAAUGCUAUUAACAAGGCCAAGAACUAUAGCAUUGCCACUGAAGUAACUACAGAGUCGACAACUACAACUAUGAAGCCUAAAUCACCCACGACCAUAGCUUUUUGUCCCGACUUCACAUUCAAUUGUACAAUAAACUGUAAUGGGAAAAAUAUGAAACAAGUGUUCUUUAUGUCCAAUUGCACCAUCAUAAAAAGAGUAUGUUACGUUAAAGUCUGUCCAUCAAAUGUAAAUACAGCAGUUGAUGUGGAGAACGGAAGUAACGUCACUGCUAUCGAUGUGGUGUAUUACGAUGACAACAAGAGGAAAAUGUACAAUCUGUCAGUACCUACAAAGAAGAAGUUGUUGAAACUAUGCUGGGAAACAAUGUUUGGGCAGGAACUUGUAAAAUUAACUAUGAUGGAUUUGGUCUUCGUUCUUCUCGGCACACUAUUCUUAGACUUCUUUCGUGCUCUGUUUGUGCGUUAUAUGAACAGGUGCUGGUGUUGGGAUCUUGAAAAAAAGUUUCCAGAAUAUGGAGACUUCAAAAUCGCGGAGAAUAUUCUACACCUUAUCAAUAACCAGGGAAUGAUACAAUUACGCCGUGAAAGAACUGAAGAACGUAGAAAAAUGUUCCAACUAGCUGACACCAGGAGAAGAGGUGGAUCGUCAUCUAUUGACAAUACGCCUUUUGCUAGAUGGAAGAAAGCAUUACCGUCAUUGCCAAUGAGCAAAUCAAUUGACUCUGAUGAUCGGAAAACUUUAACCGAAGAGAUGAAUGAACCGAUUAAAGUUGCUAAGAAAAAAGGUGGCAUUUUUGCUAAAAUUGUCGGCAUGGCGCUCGAUAAGAAAAGUGAUGUAGAGGCCGUUUCAGAAGUUGACAUUCCUUCACCCUCCCCGAACAAUGUAGAUGAUGAAACAGACACUGAUUUUCAUGAGACUCUACCAAGAGAAGUUUUAAAAAUCAAAGAUAUUUUUAUAAUCAAACCAGAUAAGAAAGUAAAAAACAGCGUGGAAUUCAAAACGGACGGGUCCAAAAAACAGAAAAUCAACGAAAUAUUUAAUAAGGGCUUGAAAGUGAAACUCGAAAAAAUUGAUGAUCGAACAGAAAAAAAAGCCGUGAUUGAAAAACAAAUCCAGGAUGCAAAGGAAGCAACAAAGCCAAAAAUUGUAAGAGAAAUGUCCAAAGAAAAAAACAAUGGUAAAAAAAUUCAUGAGAAACAAACAUCACAAUCAAGUACGCAAUCUAAGCAGUCGGAUUCCAUUGGUUCUGUAAUCCCAGUAAUAACUAUAAGUACUACAGAAAGUGAUGAAGAAGUGUUGUCGCACAAAGACAGUAAUGAGAAGAAUGUUCAGAAAGUGAAAGAUGACGGGAAGCCAAAAAAGCCAUCUGACCUGAAGUCUCUCCGUCGGCAAAGUAGUGUCGAGAGCAUAAGUGAAAACAAACCAUCACACGAUAAAAAGCAAGAUGGUCAUAAAUAUCAGUACUCACUGUAAUAUUAUAAUAGUACGUAGUAAUCAUUCA